AGGAUUUUUCAUGCCAACCUGCACCUCCAACUCCGCAUUUGCCUCGUCCUCCGCCGUCGCUGCCACCUAACAUCGGGUAAAAUCCAAGGCGAAAUGCUUCUCCGUCCCCAGUUCUCCUCCCGGCGGAGGUCCACCUUCGGCCCUCAGCUCUGCGCCUUCGCCGCUGCGCUCCUCCUCCUGCUCUCUCUCACCGUCCUCCACUCCCGCCUCUCCGCCGCCCCCUCCCUUCUCUCCCUCCCCUCCGUCUUCCCCCGCCCUCCGUUCGACCCCCUCGACGACCGUAUCGACGAGCUCGACGUCCUCGACGAGGACGCCGAGCGCUCCCGCCUCCUAGGUCUCGCGGAGGAGGACGAAAUCGUCCGCACCAAUGACGCCGACGCCAACGCCGACGCCGACGCCGACUCCGACGAGUCGGACCUUCCUCUCGCCCCGCCCUCCCCCUCCGGGCUCUUCUGGGACCACGCCCUCGGCGUCGCCCGCCGCCCUUUCGGACGCCCCGCGACCGGUGCGUGGUGGGGAGACGACGCCCUGCCGAACGAGCUCCGGCAGGCAGAACGCAGCCGGAUCGCUUUUGGAUCUGAUGACGAGCCGGUCGACGAGGACGUACGACUCAAGCUCAGCCUGAUCAAGCGGAUAGAGGACGUCCUGCUGCUCAAGGUCGGGGGCGGGGGAGAUUCCGUGCUGCGGGAGGGGUGGGCGCGGUGGCUGGAGGGGAAGGGGGAUUUCCUCCGGCGCGACAGGAUGCUCCGCUCCGACCUCGAGCUGCUGAACCCUAAGAACCAUCCUCUGCUCCAGGAUCCUGACGGGCCUGCGCUCACGGCGCUCACCAAGGGAGACCUGCUGAUGCAGAAGGCCCUCUUCAAGGAAAUGGAAAAGAUCCCGUUUGUAAAGGGAGGUGCUAGGGAUGUCAAAGGAUCUGAGAGGCGAAGUCUGCAUUCGGACGGAAAGGAGGAAGAGAAGAAUGAGAUAGCUCCCAAGGAGAGGGAAGAACGUGAGGUGGGGAGGAACAAAAUGGCUGUGCAGAAAGGGGACGCGGAAGAGAAGGAGAUUCGUGAUGUCACUGAUGGCUGGAGAUGGGGUUACUUUCCUGGCUUAGACCGGCAUCUCAAGUUCUCUGAGUUCAUGGAUCGGUUUCUGGGGGAUGGUCGGUGCUCAAUGAGGAUCUUCAUGGUUUGGAACAGCCCGCCGUGGACAUAUGGUGUGCGGCACAAGCGGGGUCUGGAAAGCCUUCUCCGGCAUCAUAAGGAUGCGUGCGUUGUUGUGUUUUCAGAGACCAUAGAGCUGGAUUUCUUCCGAGAGUUCGUCAAGGAUGGAUUUAGAGUUGCUGUUGCUGUACCAAAUCUUGGUGAACUUUUGGAUGACACUCCAACCCACAUUUUUGCAUCUGUGUGGUUUGAAUGGAGGAAGACAAAGCAUUACCCAAUACAUUAUAGUGAGCUAAUACGUCUUGCUGCUCUAUACAAGUAUGGUGGUAUCUAUCUUGACUCCGAUGUUAUAGUUCUAAAUCCGUUACAAUCACUCCAAAAUUCUGUUGGAGUUGCAGACAUUAUUGAUGGGAACUCAACCUUUACUGGUGCGGUGAUGGCAUUUGAAAAGCACAGUAAUUUCCUUAUGGAGUGCCUAAAAGAAUUUUAUUCAACAUAUGAUGAUACCCUUUUGAAGUAUAAUGGAGCUGAUCUGGUCACAAGAGUACUAAACAGGUUUUCCACCAAAGCAGAUAAAGGCUAUGGACAGCUGAAUAUAAAGAUAGAACCUCCUUUUGUAUUUUACCCAAUUAGUCCAAUAAAUAUCACAAGGUACUUUGCAGAACCAGUUGAUGAAUUUGAAAGAGUGCAGCAAGAUGGUUUUUAUGCAAAGAUGAUGAAUGAAUCAGUUACGUUUCAUCUCUGGAAUAGCAUUACGUCUGCGCUGGUCCCUGAACCCAAUAGUCUUGUGGAUAGGAUCUUAAAUCACUAUUGUCUCUAUUGCCGUGAUGUUCUGUAAUGGAGCGAGGAGGAAAAUUCUGAAGUUUCAUUCAGUAGAAGCUGUCCUUUAUCAAAGAGACACAGAGGCACUGCUAUGGGGAGUCAACUUGAAACUUGGGUUUAAACCAUACAAAUUAGUAAUUAUAUCAUGCACCUAAAGGAUCUCUAGUUGUGAGGAUCAUUGUAACUGGUUAUGAGUCACACUAUAGGCCCCAGAUACAGAAAUAAGCAAUUUUACAUAAAAGGAUUCAUGAAUCCAAAAACAUAUACAUAGCAUCUGCUAAUACGAAGGACCCCGCAGAGGCUUCAUUUAUUUAGAUUCAUUUUUAAAACAUAUAUAUGCUAGGAGGAGCACAAGGCGGUGCAGACUUCUUCAGAGUUCCAACUUGAGUACAAGUGAUGAAGGCCUCGUAUGAUAUUGAUUUCUGGAUAAAAUAUGCUCUGACCACUGUAAUAGUAAUUUUGUGGAACCUCACUAAGAAAAGUUUGAUGUCUUCCUAUUCUUUGAGUUGAGAGUGGUUGCUCUGGUAUGAUUAUAUGAAGUUUCUUGUGAUGGAUAUGUGGGAAAGUUUACCUGUUAUACUGGCUCUAGAACAUUUUUAUAUAUUUUGUUCACUUCACCUUGUGCAAAUUUAGACUUGCUCUUUGGGAAGGUUGCUUAUCAA